UAACUUCAAGAAGAGCUCUUAUCUAUAAAACAUUUUAAAGAACAAUGAAGAUGAUAUUCCAUAUUUUCUUCAUCAUCUCCCUCGUUUCAUCCAUCUCUUUUGCCUCUGUUCAAGACUUUUGUGUAGCUGAUCCAAAGGGUCCUCAAAGUCCAUCAGGGUACUCUUGCAAGAACCCUGACCAGGUCACCGAAAAUGACUUUGCAUUUUCCGGCCUCGGCAAAGCUGGAAACACUUCGAACAUCAUUAAAGCCGCAGUGACUCCAGCCUUUGCGCCUGCUUUUGCAGGCACCAAUGGCCUUGGUGUCUCUCUGGCUCGUCUUGACUUAGCCGGUGGUGGUGUCAUCCCUCUUCACACUCAUCCUGGUGCUUCUGAGGCCCUUGUAGUCAUACAAGGCACCAUUUGCGCCGGAUUCAUCUCCUCUGCUAACAAAGUUUACUUGAAGACUCUCAACAGAGGCGAUUCUAUGAUUUUUCCUCAAGGGCUUCUUCAUUUUCAGCUUAACUCUGGGAAAGGCCCUGCCUUAGCCUUCGUCGCCUUCGGAAGCUCCUCCCCGGGGCUCCAGAUUCUACCAUUUGCUCUGUUUGCAAACGAUUUGCCUUCAGAACUCGUUGAAGCCACGACGUUCCUUAGCGAUGAAGAAGUUAAGAAGCUUAAGGGUGUGCUUGGAGGAACUAAUUAAGCGUCUCUUAAUUUCAUUUUUUUAAAAUGUGGUUGUGUGUUUUGUUAUUCCAGUUCCUUAAGCAUUUUGAUUUCGUUUCUAAUGAUUGUUUUUCUUUAUGAGUUGUUAUUGUUCUCAAUGUUUCAUUUCUAUAGUCUCUUUGGCUUGAAUUGUAAUAACUAAUAAGCAUUACAUUGCAAG